AUGUUGAAGAUAAACGCGCCUAAAAACUUCGAAUUUGCUAAGCCACAACUGUGGCCUGAAUGGAAACAGCGCUUUCAGCGUUAUAGAAUAGCGACGAAGUUAAAAAAAAAAGACGAUAAAAUUCAAGUCAGCACGCUUAUAUACUCGAUGGGAAAGCAAGCAGAACACGUCCAUAAAACCUUUAGACUUGAGAAAGGCGAAGAAGAAGAAUAUCAGACAGUUCUAGCACAAUUUGAUGCCUAUUUUGUCCCGAAACGAAAUGUAAUUCACGAGCGAGCCCGGUUUUAUCAACGCCGACAGCAUGCAGGAGAUACUGUUGAAGCGUUCAUCCGAAGCCUGUAUGAAUUGGCAGAGAACUGUGAUUUUGCCGAUGCACGAGACGAACAAGUUCGAGAUCCGGGAUAG